CCAAAAAGCCAACAUUCAAUUCAACCGCCUUUUCUAUUUCCAUCUCUCUGUUUGUUUAUAUGUUCAUAUUCAACCAAAAUCAACCCAAUAAACAGAAAAAUACAGCAACCAUGGAGGACUCAAUUUAUUCUUUAAUCCUCAAAGGAUGUAAGUUGUCUCAAGAGCUUGAAUCUAACCUACCCACCAUUGCCAAUCAACCCAGCUUGCUUCUCAGAGCCUGUGAAGAUAUUAUAAGGACCUUUGCUGCUGCUAGAGAGCGCAUAAAUGGUCAGGUGGGCGCUCAAGCUGAAUUGUCUUCUCUUCCAGCGCCUUUGAUUUUUCCACCGAUGAUGUUGCCUGAGCAGCAGCUGCAGAAUAUCGAUCCGGGUUUGCACGAAUGGUUGAGGUCUAGUGUCACACAAGCCAUGGGGGACGUAAUCCAAGCGCAGCUUCUAGCUGAUCAUAAAAGCUCAUUCGCCAUCAGAAAACAGGCAGAAGGCUCAUCAUCAUCGACACGAUUGAGAGUCUCCGGAGGAGACGUUCAGGCAGUGGAAAAUGUAUUGGAUUCUGCCGUCAGGAGUACUUCUUCUCCUUCACUGAGACACCGACGGAGUGAGAAUGCAAGAACAGUGAUGGUGCCAGCUCCUCGUUUUGGAAAUGUGGAAAUUCCACCGGAAGAUGGCUACACUUGGAGAAAAUAUGGGCAGAAAGAGAUACUGAAUUCGAAGUAUCCGAGGAGUUACUACAGAUGCACACACCAGAAGUUGUACCAGUGCCCAGCCAAGAAGCAAGUUCAGAGAUUGGAUAAUGAUCCUUCGACCUUUGAAGUGACAUACAAUGGUGAACACACGUGCCAUAUGUCAUCUACAGCGCCAUCAAUCCCAGUUUCAGUAUCAGAAGUUGCGCAAGAAAUGAGCAGUCAACCAAUCACCAUGCAACCUUCACCAACAACUAGUCUUGGCACAUGGCUCUCCAUGGAGCUAGGCGCUGGAGGGAGUGGUGGAAUCAGCCUGGCUGGCGGCUACAGUGGCGGCGUCGGUGAUGCAGGGCCCUCCACCAUUCGAUGUGACAGUAAGGAUGGAGAUCAGUAUCUUCAAGUGGCCAACAUGGCUGACGCCAUGUUCAACUCCGGCAGUAGCAGCAGCAAUAGCAUGGAAUUUAUCUUCCCCUCUAGUGGGGAUCAAGAUAAAUGGCAACCAGAAGACAAAAAAGAUUGAUACAAAUUUAUUUAACAGCUUUUUCAGCCAAUAUUUGUAUUUUUUUUAAAGAUCAGAAUUCAGAACCUUGAUAAUAAUAGUAAUGGCACAUGAAAAUUUUAUA